AUGAACCAUGCCCCAAAUAUCAGAUUUCUCGUCACCGGUCGUCUGCGCCUGUCUCUUCUGUCUCCGGUUAUCUCCGACCCAUCUACGCCCGUCUCCGGUUGUCUUGAGGAGUCUACGGCCCGUUUACCGGUCGUAUCCGUCCGCCUCCUCCCGUGUCUGUUCGUCUCCGCCGUUUUUGGCCGACCACGCUUGCCUCCUCCGCCGCCCGUUUCUGGUUGUUUCCACUCGUCUUCUCCCACCUCUGGUCAUGUCCGCUCGUCUCCCUUCGUCUUCGGCUGUCUACGUUUGUCUCCGCCUAAGUCCACGGUGGAAAGGGACCAGAAUUUGUCGGAAGCUGUAGCUAAUGGGAUAAAGGAAAAAGGGUAUUUUAUAGUGGGUUUCAGGGGAGGAGCCGCCGAAGUGGGAGCUGCCAGAGCAGAAGAAGUCGGCAAGUUUUGUUUAAAACUGUGUGGUGAUGGGGUGCUGAGGUCUUUCGUUUUUAGUAGCUUUUGGAAAAGAGUUUCGUUUCUCCAGGUGAGGGGAGUUUUUGCUAAUGUGUAA